AUGACAGCUCCCCCCCAGCAUUCUGUCUCGUCCUCCUCCUUGCAGGAUACUCCAUUAAGCAAGACCCUUUCCUCUGCUGAUCGUGACUCCCCCCCCGCAACAUCACCACAACAUCUCCCAGCGAACUACGAAGAAACCUACGUACACAGUGUGUACAAUCAAAUAGCUUCUCAUUUCUCCUCGACGCGAUACAAGCCCUGGCCGGUCGUGUCAGACUUUCUCUUAUCUAUUCCCUCCGGCUCCAUCGGCCUCGACGUGGGAUGUGGCAAUGGCAAAUAUCUCCUGGUGAACCCUAACAUCCUUAUCAUCGCAUCUGAUCGGUCACCUGAACUGGUCUCUAUUGCUGCAAAAUAUGGAGACCUGGAACAUGAAGCACUGAUCGCUGACGGGCUAAGUUUACCCCAUCAAAAUGGGAAAUUUGAUUUCGCCAUCAGCAUUGCCGUUGUACAUCAUCUGAGUACCAGAGAUCGCCGGCGCGAGGCGGUAGAGUCGAUUCUACAGACUCUCCACGGCAGUGGCCGAGCGAUGAUUUACGUUUGGGCGUUGGAGCAAAAGUCAAGCAGGAGAGGUUGGGAUGAAGGUGGCGACCAAGAUGUAAUGGUACCGUGGGUCAUGAAGAGGUCUAAAAAAGAAGUGACAACAGGCAGUGAGAGCGAAAAGACAUUUCAGCGAUACUAUCACCUCUACAAGAAGGGAGAGCUGGAGGAAGAUGUGAUUGAGGUUGGAGGUUUGGUAGUGGAUGGGGGCUAUGAGAAAGAUAAUUGGUGGUGUAUCUGCAAAAGAGGGGAUCAAUUCGGACAGUGA